AUGAGUUUACCUUUGGACCAGUACGUUGCCGAUGAUGCAGAUUCUGAUUGCAUCGCAACGGUGCAUCUGCGAUCACCUUACCGGCGGCCACGCAUCCGAAAAUCGCGCGGUCGCGGCUUACGAACGAGGAACGGAUGCGUGCAAUGCAGGAAACGACAUUUGAAAUGCGACGAAGUUAAGCCGACAUGCGGUGCUUGUGCCAGAAAGGACAAUACCUGCGAGUUCGCCAGCUCGAGCCGCCACAGCACCAACGUUUCGAUUUCCGACAGGGCCUUAGCGAAAGCUGCCCCUGAGUUAUCCGCAGAGGAGAUACCAUCCACAGUGAAAAAUAACAAGCAUGCAUCGAUUACAACCCAGACGGAGCAUGUGAUUUUUGACCCACCUGAAGCUAUUGUCCCCGCGGAGCCUAGUCCUGCACUCGAUACCAACCCCUCUCCGCCUGUCGAAUUUGAUCAAUCGACGGGAGCUGAAAUCAAUUCAAUUGAAAGACCAUUCAUUGCUCCAGAAAAUUAUUUGUCACCUUCCAAUGCCUCGUUUGCGGCUGUACGAUGGUUCGGCCUUCUGGUGAAUGAUGCGGCUCGAGACAGUUCAACAGUGUGGACAACGCAAGAUUCCUGGGCGAACCAGAGUCUCUCGUUAGACCACUCUAGCUCUGAUGAACAAACUCAAGUUAGCCCGCUGCAAUGUGCGACUCAAGUAUUAGAUGGUCCUUCCAUAUACGAGAGUCCUGGCCUGACGCAUGUUGGUUCGUCAGAAGAAAGCCCGCUCGAAGAAGAGCAGAUUUGGCAGUCACGGGAGCCAAUCGAACUUCUACCAGCUGAGGCAGCCUUGUUUGGGCAUUAUGUAGAUCGAGUGAGCCCCUGGAUAGAUUUACUUGACCCCAUGGCCAGAUUUUCUACGCUCGUUGCGCACUUAGCUAUACACAAUGCCGGCCUGAUGAAUGCUAUACUCGCUCUCGCAUGUCGACAUCUAGCUUUGAAUCCACGACUGAAUGACCCUAACGCCCCAAAUCAAGAAGACUCGGCUCUUCAAUAUUACUACCAGACCCUUCACUAUGUCCAAAAAUCUAUGCAAUACACUGGCUACAAAAGAAGCUUAGAGCUUCUUGCGACCACUUUGAUCAUCUCCGCCUACGAGAUGCUUGAUAAUUCCACGAAAGAUUGGGAGAGGCAUCUAGAAGGUGUGUUCUUAAUACAAAGAUCACAAACCAUUCAUGGAGAAUCUGGAGGGUUGCAUUCGGCUGUGUGGUGGGCAUGGCUCUGCCAGGACAUUUGGGCGGCUUUCCGAGAGAAACGCAAAACUCUUACAUUUUGGGUUCCGCAAAAGCCACUUUCUGCAUUGUCACCAUACGAACUUGCAACACGCUCAAUAUACAACACGGCGAAGGUGAUCAGCUACUCUGCUGAGGCCGUAGUUGGGGCAAACAUCGGACGGCGAGCUGAUGAGGCGACCUGUCUCCACAAAAUGUUGGAUGAUUGGCAAGAGCAUCUAACCAUUGAAUUUUCUCUACUGCCACUCUGCUCACGCCAGCAGUCGUCAUACUUUCGACCAAUUUGGGUCCACCCACCCGUCUUUGGUAUGAACGAAAACACUGGUUCGAUCCUUGAAAAAUUCUAUUGCUUGCGCAUGAGCCUAGCUUGGGGGGGCAUGGAGCAGUAUCUCGAACGACAAAGUGUUAUUAAACGCUGUGUAGAGAAUAUCUGUGGCAUUGCUGUUCAACUAAAAGACGACCCAUCUAGUCUGAUGUCAUCGCAAGCUGUGUUCAUUGCGGGCAAGUUCACUCAAGACCAACGUGCACGAGAAGCUAUAUUGGAGCUACUAAAAUCCAGUCGGGAGCGGAGCGGCUGGCCAACUCGAUCUUUAGGCGAAGAACUGCAGCAUCUUUGGGAAGAUCAUGAGCCGACAAAAAUCGCAGCUGCCGCGAACUUAGACAUGAGCUCUAUUCAAUAA